AUGAAAGCCUUCCUGGCUGUUGGGCUGGCCUUCCUGGCAUCCUUACAACUAGGGCUCUGUUUGCGGUGUUACACCUGCCAAGACCCUACCGACCUCAGCAACUGCCUGACUAUCGCCAACUGCUCCGCAGACACCACACACUGCAAGACAACAGUGCACUCGGUGGAUUCAGGAUACCCCUUUUUCGGAAACAUCACCGUCACCAAAUCCUGUUCCAAAAACUGCGUGCCUUCUGAGCCAGAUGGGAUCGGUGAAACUCGCCCGGUCUACUGCUGUGACACGGAGCUCUGCAACACUGGCUCCGGGCAACAGGCCAGAGCCACAAUCUCCGCCACGGCUUUUAUAGCUGCCCUCGCUUUCGGCCUCCUGUGCACCAGACUGUAAGGCUUCAGGAAGAGGGCGGGUGGAUUUUGGAGGAACAUCGCCCAGGAAACAGAAGAGGGGAAGGGGGG